AGACCAAUUACUUGAAGUCGGUAAAAAGAGAUUUAUUGUUCCGGAGAAUUCCUCAUUCACAAAGGAAUGCUAGAAAGCUUCCGACAAUUUUCCCAUUUACCAUGGAGUCAAUUUGUACAAUUUUCCAAAGCACAAUUCAUCCAACUUGAAAUGGCCCACCAAGCCCUUAGGAGACAUGGGGUCACCGCAAUCCACGAUGCUUUCAAAGAAGCAGAAGAACAAAGAAUUGAUACCCCGCUCAAGGAUAGGUUUAAAGGUAACCCCUUUUCCAAUCAAUUGAUCACGGAACUAGAGGAUGUAAAUAGACAAAAUACAGUGAAUACUACCCUAACAAUUCUUCAAAGAGCCACCACCUUCUACACCCUGCUCUUUAAAAAAAGUAAAAGUGGAAAAGGAAACAAUUGAAUAUACCAAUCUCAUACCCGGAAAUUUAGUCCAACCAUACGGGAAGAGCUAGUUAGCGACAUCACCCUAGAAGAAUUACAGCAAGCAUUGAAGGAGAAAAUAGCUUCCUCGGCCCCGGGCCCAGAUGGAAUCAUUUACCCUUUCUUCACGCAGACAUGGGAUUUCACAGGUCCAAUUCUCCCCGUCAAUGUAAAUGAAAUUCUUGAAUCUGGUCAAUUGCCAAAAGCAAUGCGUAAGGUACUCAUUAAAAUUAUCCUAAAGAAGCUAGAAGAAUAACUGAAUAUAGACCAAUCCUGUUAGCUGAUACUAGUAUACGAUUGGUCUCCUCAGUUCUUAAAAACCGAUUAGUCAAAUAUGCGGAUCAAUUGAUUGCACCUGGUCUUAGAGGGUUUCUACCCCACAGACAAAUGGACGAAAAUAUUGCACAACUAAAACAACUUAUUCACCUAAUCUGUAACAAGACAAAUUUCUUUCCUUUCGCAUUCAACAUUAACCACUUGUAAUGCUUUUAGAUUUUAACAAAGCUUUUGAUAGAGUAUCCCAUGAAUAUUUAGCGCAAAUACUUCCAUCCAUCAAACUUAGCCCCAAAAUUUUACAGGCCCUCCGGGCCAUCACGGAACAACAGGAAGCACAAGUAUACAUAAACAAAUGUUACGGAACAUCUUUCCCCCUCAAAUCUGGCGUAAGGCAAGGGAACCCAGCAUCCCCACUUCUUUUUAUCCUUGCUUUAGAACCAUUCUUAAUUAAGAUCCAAGCAAACUUGCUUGGGUUUAAGUUCUCUAUACAUUUUAUUCAGGGCAUUACACUUAAAUACUCUGCUUACGCUGAUGAUGUUUUAAUUUAUUUAAAAGACUCUACUGAUGUUGAGCGCUUAAAAAAGGAAUUAAAGGUUUUCUGUUCCUAUUCGGGAAGUAAAGUCAACUUUGACAAAUCCAUCAUUUACAGCUUCAAACAAGAAUUAAAGGAACCCAGGAUUGCGAACUUCCCUGUUAAAGCAUAUCUGGAUACGGAAUUCACAUACCUCGGAGUGAGUUCCAAAACAAUAGACUGGACACGCCAAAUUGAGAAAUUAAGGAGAGGAUUAUUCUUGAAUCUUAUUCAAGGAGUUCCGACACUCGAUAGGGUUCAAGGAAUUAAUACUUACCUCUUCCCAAAGUUAUACUUCAGAGACUUGCAUACACCUAUGACCGAUAAACACAUCCAAGAAAUGAUAAGAAAAGCAAAAACUCUCCUUCCCAAAGGCAUCGGAGAAGCUAAUCUCUUCAAAAUUCCUGAGAAGGGAGGAUAUGGUCUUUUGGAUUUGCAAAUCCAACUACAGGGACGAAGAGCUAGUUAUAUUUAACACUUUAUCUUCAGUAAAUAAUGUUUACUAUGUUAUUCUUCGACUGAAACUCCAAAUGGCCAUCAGUGAAUACGGGAAUUUUAGGCUGACGGGUAUAACAGUGGUCCCGUGGUAUAAAGACUUAUGGGAACAAACUCUCAAAGUUAAAAGAAAUCGACUGUUCAUAGAGCAAUGUCUCGAGUCCAAGGUGUUCUCCCAACCUGAAAGAGAAUACUUAAGAACUUGGUGGUACAUCUUCCCCCCAAAUGAGACGGUGAUGGCCACCCCCCAUAAAGAUCACACCAGAGGGACUCACUCAACUCUUACAGGAGGCUGCUCCGAUGGCGCCGAUGGCGGACUGCCUGAUUCGGGAUAGAUGGGGCGCUACUAUUUCGCGAGACUCAUUUUUGCGCCCAAGUGCAAAGGAACAUCAAACGGAUAGAUCAACAAUACCAACACGGUUCGAAGGCUCCUCUCAGAGACUCAAUGGAAAAGCUUCUGGCAACUCAUAUACCAAGUAAGGAAAAAGCUCGGGGCUAGGUCCUUAGAGGAAUUGCAUCGAUUCAACUUGGGCCACAGACAAUUCUGGCAACAUACUACCUGCCAUUUGUGCGGAACAAGACAAAUCCCAGGACUCACCGAUCAUGUUUACACGCAGUGUAAACGCAGUCACCAACUCUGGGUCGUAUAAGAAGUUACUUCCCCCCUUACGCUCCGUAUAUUAGUUGCCAACACCAAUUCUUCACCAGAAGAAUUAGUCAAAAUCAACCGCUAUCUAUUAGCGGUCAGGAAACUUUAUCUACAUUGUCUCUCUCUUGGUUUAAGUGAGGGCAUAUCGGAGAGUUUUUAACCGGUGGACCGCAUGGUUCCUUCAUUGUUGUCAGGCUGAAUUUUAGCAUGACAACAUGAGGGGACUUCAGCUAGGUUGGGUUGAAAAACCAAGCUGGGUCAAGUGAUAGUGGGCAACUCUUCACAUUUGUUUUAAUUUUUUUAUUUAUCAUUCUUAUAUAACCCAAUUUUGAGUAACAUUUAGUUAUUCUCCUUUCGUUACCUAAUGCUAGCAUUAGGCCCUUUUACCACUCGGCUUAGGCCAGGAAGUCGUGGUUUUUAUCUCUAUUACAUAUCAUAUAUUGAAUCAGAUUUCCCCAUAUGGUAAAAAAAAAAAUGGGUUAAAUUGAUUUUUCAGCCUUCAUACUAACUCAAGAAAA